UCAAUAUUUGUUACUAAUGAUUGUUCUUGUCCAUGGAUGGGGAAUGGAUAUGAAACUAGGAUAUUGUGCACAUGGCGAUCGAAGUAAAAAAGUGGGAGUUGUUGAUAGUCAAUAUGUUGUUCACAAGGGAAUACAAACUCUAGGUGGGAGUGAUGAUCAUGGUGCUACCAAGGUUACAAAACUUAAAAAGACAACUACGAAACAAGGUGGAGCACCAAUUGAUGUUCGAACUGAGAUACGAAGACAAUCAACAUGGGAACUCGAAGUCUUCAAAGAACGCUGGAAUCAAGCUAUUGCAAAGGACAGAUAUUGGGUUGAUCCAUUCAAGAGACACAUGAGAAGAUGGCGAGGCACUCACUAAGACUGAGUUUGCUUCCGCUAUAUAUUGCCUUCUCACCGUUCAUCCACGUGUGACCAACGCGAAUCCAAACAGAGGCUAACUCGGUUGGUCACACGAACCCAAGCAGAGGCUAACUGGGUUGCUUGCUCGGACACGUUAAAGCUUAUUUCACGGCAUUUACCUUAAUUUACAGCCAUAAUCUAGUUUUUGUAGCUAUGUGAGUUCUUAAUUCAUUCAUUUUUGAAAAUCACUUUUUUUUUCUUUGUAUUCUUUUGUUUUAUGCUCCCUAUAUGUUCUUUUUUUCUUGGCACCCUUCUUUCCAUUCCCUUUUCUAGAAUAUGUGAUCACCUAAAAUACGAUUAUGAUAUGUGCAGCUUAGUAUAUUAUUAUAGAUAUAUGGUACAUGUUCCACAUUUUUGAAGGUUAGGACAAUGUUGUUAAUAUGAGUGAGGUUUUAUGUACUGGAGUUGGUGGAUCUCAAUGGGAUGAGAUAUGGUGGUUAUUGAUUAA